UCCUCUCCCCACCGGCCUUUUGAGAAAGGACCCAACGCGAUCGAAAUCCCCUGCCUUCUUGAAUUGCUGCCAGGCGGCGCCAGCAGCCACAGCCACAGCCAGUGCAAUUGCACGGCAGCCAAUUUUCAGAGCAGCAGUAGCUAUUUAGCGAUUCCUCAAUUAGCCAGUCAAAUCUCCACAUCCUUUCCCCACCAUCCACUUUCCUCCCAAGGCUCCCAUGGACACCGCCGUCUCCACCCUCACCGCUCUCGCCAUCUUCGCGAGCACCGUCGAGCACGCCGCCUACAGGAGCGUGCACGGGUACAGGGUGGUCGGGAGGAAACGCGGCGGGUGGGUUCGGUGGGAGAGGUGGGUGGAGCGGCAGUUCGUCCUCUCCCUCUCCUUCCCACCGUGCCUCGAGGUCGCCCUGCCCGCCGCCGCGCCGCGGAUACUGCCAGCGGGGUGGCGGACCCGGCCGGUGUUCCGCGAGGGACAGACCGUGGAGGACACCUGGCGUUGCAUUGUGGCAUUCGACUCCGUCGCCGCCGUCGCACCGUCCUCCCCGCCGCCGCCCGUGCUCUCCCCCCUCGUGAACCCGCAGCUGCAGUAUCUGCCUAAUCUGUACAACGACCUGCUGAAGGUGUUUCAGUUUCAGGAAGAGAAAAAGGUCUCACAGCUCGUUAAUUCAAAAAAGCAACCCAUCCGUUCUGGUGAGCAGGGGAAAACUUCUGAUCUGGCUGAUGCGUCGGAGUCUGAUUCGGAAGGGGAUUCUCAAUCUGACAAAGAACUUGCACCACCAGUUCAGAAGCAUAUAAGAGCCAACAGGAAGCAUAUAGAUAGCAUUACUUUAGUUGAUAUAGCUCAGUACUUCCAUCUUCCACUCCGAGAUGCAUCAAAGACACUCAAGAUCGGGGUCAGCAUACUGAAGAGGAAAUGCCGACAAUAUGGGAUAGCUCGUUGGCCGCACCGGAAAAUCAAGUCACUUGACUCCCUCAUUCAUGACCUUGAGUACGUGCUGGCAAGAGAGGACGACGAGGAGGAGGAGAAGCAGCUGCAGAAGGAGAGGCUGGCUGCUGCGAUAACGGCCCUCGCAAAGCGGAAGAGCAUGCUGGAAAGCGAGAAGGAAACCAUACAGCAGAAACCGACCAUGGACUUGAUGGCUGAAACCAAGCUGUUCAGGGAAGAUGUUUUCAAGAGGAGAUAUAGGGCCAAAAGUUCAGUCAUGGAUGAUAUGGAUUUCGGUAUGGUUUAGCAUUUCUAUUUAGCUGAUAAUAGCUGGUGUAAAAAGAUAUGGGCUGGCUGAACCUGGUUGUAAAGAGAUAAUCUCUCCAUGUGUAUCGCCAGUUUAUAUGAUAGUAGCUGGUUGCUGCUCUCUUCAUAAACUUUGCUUUGUUCUGA